CACUAACUACAUGGCGUGUUGACAUUUCAGGUUGUGUUUUCAUUCGAUUCACUUUUUUCUCUCUCUUGUUUGCGGCACAAAUUUGUGAAAAACAAAACUGCAGGUUUUUGCCAAAAGCUACUUGCAUCAAAUUUAUUCAAUCAAUAAUUUUCGAUUAAAACUAGUUAGUGAUAUCAUUUUAAAAAUGAGUUCAAGCGAGCUGCCACCACUGCCAGAGAAUGAAAAAACAUACGCUGGUAUCCCAGAAGCCGUCUUUGUGGAGGAUGUCGACUCGUUUAUGGCAUUGAGCGAAAAUGAGAACAGUGCUGAUAAAGUGUUGCGCCGUUUGGACGAACAGCACAGUAAAUACAAAUUAAUGGAGUACAAUAUCAGUGCACGCCGUCGCAAGCUGAAGUUCCAAAUUCCCGAUUUGCUCAAAUCCAUUGAGAUGAUUGACAUUUUGCGUGAACAAAAUGAAGACAGAGCAACACAGUUUCUACUCAGUGAGCAAGUUUUCUUGAAAGCAACCGUCCCACCCACAAAAACUGUUUGCUUAUGGCUUGGUGCUAACGUCAUGCUCGAAUACCCAUUGGAUGAAGCUGAAGUUUUACUGAAGCAAAAUAAGGAAUCGGCUGAAACCAAUCUGAAGUGUCUGGAACACGAUCAAGACUUUUUGAGGGACCAGUUGACCACAACCGAAGUCAAUAUGGCACGUGUUUACAAUUGGGAUGUGAAGAGACGUCAAUCUGGCCUUGUCUCGGCGAAAAAAUGAUACAAAUAAUUCACUCAAUGAAACCAAAAUUUUGCCAAUGCCUAUUAUUGAUUUCUACAGUAAUAACAACAAACCAGUUCAUCUUCUCAUACAAUUCUCUUUGGAUAUAUGCAUUUAACUUGGCUGUUUUGCAACACGAUCUAACAUUAUCGCCCUCAUUCAACUCAUCUUGAGAGAUUAUUUUCUUCAGAUUCGAACAAAGUAUAUCACUUCGAUACUUCUUAUUGAAUAAACGAUCUAAAUAAAUCUAAUCGAAACCAAACA